CUGAUAUUCGCCGGCUCAUUGGUUGCACUUUCUGCGGCGAUCAUCAUAAUGGCGGGCGAGAUUGCCUUUGCGGCCGACUUUACGGACGACGGCUACAAGCUGCUGGAGCUGCCGGCCGACGUCUGCGACGCGCUUGUGGCCGGCGACGAGGUCUACGUCGUCGGCGACCCGUCGCAGCGCGCCGUGCUCUGCACGGCCACGAAGAGCUACCACCUCGUGCGCGAGGACCAGUCCAACGUGCGCCUUCUCGCCGACUCGGUCGACUGGGAGGCCGACAAGCUCGACGCGUCCGGCGUCGUCUCGGUGCGCGGGCAGUCCAUGACGCACUACGAGCUUGUCGAGAAGCCACUCGACUUGAACCAGCUCAAGCUCCUUUUGAUCGAAAACCCGAUUUGCGCGCCGUCCGCCGAGGUGAAGCGCAUGAAGCGCAGCCUGUACACGCUGCACGAUCUGGCGGACCGCCUUCAGCACAGCCCGCACGAGGUGGAGCUCAUGCUGGCGCAGCUCCGUGCCGUCGAGAUUGACGGGUAUUGGCGCCUCCUCGAGGCGUCGUACAGCCGGCACGUCGUGGGCCUCGUGCUCGAGAUCUUUCUCGAGCGCGACUGGGACUUCAACUCGGAGCAUGCGCUGAGCCACAUUGAAGUGCACUUGACCGAGACGGUGCAUUCGUCCGUGCUCGCCCACUGCCUCCGCAUGUACAGCGUCGACGGCUCGGCCUUUCGUCUCGACAGCGCCAAAAUCGCCAUCUUCCAAGCGAUCGCUAUCUUUGAAGAGGCGCGCUCGAAGGAGUGGACGCUGGCAGCGUUUAUGGAGCAGUGGGGCUUCCGCGUGCCCAUGGGCGUCGCGAUCGAUGCCGCGCUGCUCGUUGGCCUCGCGAUCCGACGCGGCGAGAAGCUCGCGUACUUUCCGGCCGACCAGCUCUCGGUCGAGCCCAAGCAGCGCUUCCAGGAGAUGUUUGCGUUCCAGCCAAAGUGGCUGCUCUCGCAAAUGGAGCCGUAUCUCGCGCCGCUGGUGACCAAGAACAUGACGCAGGCGUCGCUGCUGCUCAAGUAUACACGGGCGUCUCGUGUGCCCAACUCGACCGAGCGGCUCUACUCCAAGCGGUAAUCAUUCUUCUUGCGGACGCGACGAACAAUACAACUCUCCUGGGACUCGUGUGCGAUUGCUUUGGGAUAUAUACCGC